AUGAGUUACAACCCGCAAGGCGUUGACGACGCGUCCGGCAACUACGAUUGUAGCAACCAGGCUAAACAGGACGACGGGUCGUACCGCGCCUCUGUGGGCGACGCCUACACCACUGAGUUGGUUACCGAUCCAAAUGCAGUGGCCACGGAGCAGACGCCAGGCGAGAACGACACCGUGGCCACGCAGUCAAACGGCUAUGACUACAACAACUACUACGACCCUGCCUCGUAUCAAAACUACUACUAUCAAGACGAUGACGGCAACUACUACUACUACACGGAUCCGCAGCAGACGGUGUCGAAUGAUGUGCCGGAAAACAUCAACGUCAACGUGACGCCCACGCCGCAGAACAUCGUGCGCUCCUACGAGUACGAGUCGUACGCCCCGCACAGCUUCAACUGGUUUGUCGACAUCGUCGUCGACACCUUCUUCUCAAGGCCCUUCCGUGUUUACCUCACGGUGCUGCUGUACUGCGCUGCGGUGUUCAUCGCCGCAUUGGGGCUCAACUUUUCCUUUGCCAUGCUGUACCGCAUGUACUCGCCGCCCAUCCCGAACGCUAGCAAGGACCUCCAGCCGUUCGGCUACUUCGCGAUGUUCUUUUACCUCAGCUUCGUCUUGGUGGGUGCCUUCUGCGCCCUCAUGGACAUGGUGCGCAACUUGUGGGUGCAGAAGCGCGAGGACGUGGUGUUCUGGGGCAUGUCGCACCAGUACUUCUCCAAGCGGAAGCCUCCCUACGUGGUGUACCUCGUCAUCAUCCUCAUCACGGUGGCGCUGCCGCUGCUGUGGGGCGUCAUUGAGGCGGGCAUCAGCAAGCAGUCCAUCGUCUACGUUGCCCAGCGCUACGCCAACGUCGCCGUGCUGGUGGCGACCUUUCUGGUCGUGGGGUGCUACGUGUGGUUCUUCUGGCGGGCGCUGGUCUACAAGCGCUCCUCGAUUAACAAGCGAAAGGAGCGGGACGACUUCGAGCUGCGGCGGCGAGCCUUCCGCGACAAGCCGGAGAAGAUGAACAAAAUGCACUGGUACCACGCCUCGACGGUGCUGGAGGAGUUCGGCGUGGACAGCAACACGCUCUUGUACAACUCCUUCAUGUUCACCGUCGGUGGUGUGCCGUUGUUUGCCUUGUACGCCGGCCAGGCAUUGAGCACGUACACCGGCACCCCGUCUGUUGCGUGGCCCGCGGUGGCCAGCGUAGCGCUCAUGUGCAUCUAUGUCCUCUCCUGGAUGACGCUGCUGCGGCGGAAAAACCAGUGGGCGGCCUACAUCUCUUUUGGCCUCAUCGUCGUGAUGCUGGCCUUGGGUCUUGCCGGUUCUGCGGUUGGCGGGUACCCCAAAAUGGCCGGCGUCGUCGUUGUCCUCUUCGCCGCUGCGCAGGGCAUGGUGACGCGGAAGCGCAAGCACUCCCUCACCCGCCGCGAGCUGAGCGCGACGCUGAAGAUCCCUCUCAGCCCCGAGAGCGACGAGGAGAAGCCGAAGGAGUUCCGCGUGGACACGUACCUCUUCUGCUGCAAGAACCUCAUUCUGGACUACAUGAAGUGCUGCGACGUUAAGAAGUACUUCGGUUACCGACACCCCGACGUUGUGGAGGCGGAGCGGCGCUUCAUGCUCAGCCGAAUAGCGCUGCGCGUUGAUCAGAAGGCUUUCCUUAUUUGGUGGAUCAUUGUUAUGCUGGCCGUUGCCUUUGUCGUUGCCUACUCCACCGCGGUCAGUUACACGUUCUCCUCCACCAUCGCGAGUGCAAGCAACGCUGCGGUACUCGGAACGCUACCUGCGAUGCCGCUGUGCCAGACAGUUUACAACGCGGCCGGCAAGGCCCCACUCAAGAUGUUGGAUUUGGCCUUUCUGGCCGCGCUCUCUUACACGUGGGGCACCAACGGUGAUACAGACUUCGCCACCUGGUUCUCUUCCAAGCCGUCGUUGGUGCGGCAGUUCCCUGUGGCGCUGCCCCGCUCGCUGAAGCUGGCGACGGGCAGCACCAACAUCUCCUUUUCUGACUACGUGGACGUGUCGACCAACUACCACGUCAUCACACUCAACUCGAACAGCAAAGGCUUGGCGCUCUUCCGCGACCUGGACGACUGGGGGGAGUCGAUCGCGCUGCAGGUGGCCGGGGCGGUUGCGCCGCUGAUUAACAUUUGGGACGAGCAGGACAGAGCGGCGUUUGUGAGGAAAGGGCGUUUUCUCAAAAACUGGUUUCCCCCCUCGACGGCGCUCGACGAGGUGACGAACUACAUCGUUGCCUUGAAUUCCACCGGCACCUUAGGCGGGCUUUUAGUUGUCGGCGAUCAGUUCAACGGCGGCUAUGCGAAGCGGCUGUCGUUGAAUGUGAGCGUGCCGUUCGUCGCCUUCAACCCACCAGGCACCAAGUACACGGACGGAUUCCUUGGCAACGGUACCCAGUUGACAUCGGUGCGCAGCUUGUGGUCCUACAUCGACUCGCUCGAAGACACUGCCAGCACGGAGUACUACCCAUGCAACAACACCCUGUCCGCCAAUCGCUGUGGCCGAAUUAGCACGGUGAUUGAAUACCUGCGAAAUACCUGCGGAGACGGCGCGGGUCGCGCAAUGAAUCAGAUCUAG